AUGAAGUUUCCGCCGUUCAACUCUCACAAUCUAGACGUCSAACUCUCUCUCCGSCCGCCGUCGGCGGUAGACUACAGUGCUGCAGAACUAAUAAUGCAGCAGGAAGAAGUCUCCCUCCCUCCACCGCUGGAGCCACAGCCGGAGACUCUUGAUCUUUCAACUCCGCUAUCCACGACAACGAAUCAGAUUAUGCAUUCUUCCACUUCCUCUCGCAAUUCACAAUCCUUGAGAGUGAGACGCCCUAGGGCUAGGGCUAGGGUUAGGGUUAGGGCUAGGGCUAGUCCUAGUCCUAGGCGUGCUCGAGAGCCUGCAUCUCCAGUUGUGCGGCAGAGGCGAUCGAGAGUCGAGCUGAAGAACACGCCGAUCAAGCCACCCUAUCCAUGGUCCACGGAGCACCAAGCCGUGGUUCACGACCUCAACUACCUCCGCGAGAAUCAAAUCCUGACAAUCACAGGUGACGUCAGAUGCGAUCGAUGCGAGAAACAGUACACGAUCGAGUACGACCUAAUGACGAAAUUUGAAGAGAUUGCGAGUUUCAUAGAGAAGAACAAGGCUACUUUGCACGACCGAGCUCCGGAGUCGUGGACGAACCCUAAUUUUCUGGACUGCAAAUUGUGUGGGGAAGAAAACUGCGUGAGGCCGACAAUACCGGAGGGCGAUAACAAGAACAUAAAUUGGCUGUUCUUGCUUUUAGGGCAAAUGAUUGGACGUUUGAAACUUGAACAUCUCAAAUACUUCUGUGCUUACACCAAUAAUCAUCGAACUGGGGCUAAGAAUCGUCUUGUUUAUCUCACUUAUCUUACUCUUUGCAAACAACUUCAGCCCUCCAUGGAACUCUUCCAUCGUUGA